AUGCUCCCUCGAACCAAUUUGAUAGUUACCCACUUGAAGCAAUGCUCCAAGAUCAGAGAUUUGGAGUCGGGACUAGGCAAUAUGAUCAAAGUAGCAGCAACCCAAGAUUGCUUUCUGAUGAACCAAUUCAUCACGGCUUGUUCUUCCGUUGGCGCGGCGGACCAGGCCGUCUCCGCGGCUGCCCAGAUGGAGAAUCCGAAUGUUUUUGUUUUCAAUGCGAUGCUUAAAGGAUUUGUCGAGAAUCGUCGACCCAUUGAUGCUGUUGAGUGCUAUGUUCAGGUGCUGAGAGCUCAGUUGUCGCCAACGAGUUAUACUUUUUCGUCUCUUGUUAAAGCCUGCGGCUUUGUAGGCGGCGACGGUGGGAGAGUUGGGGAAUCAGUUCACGGGCAGAUUUGGAGACAUGGGCUUGCUUCGAGCGUGUUUGUCUGCACGACGUUGAUAGUGUUUUACUUUGAUUUUAAGAGAAUCGGUGAGUCCAUCAAGGUGUUUGAUGAAAUGCCUGAGAGAGAUGUCUUCGCUUGGACCACGAAUAUUGCUUCUUGGAACACAUUGUUGGACGGGUAUGCAAGAUUGGGGGAUGUAGAGUCAGCUGAAUUGCUAUUCAAUCAAAUGCCUGCUAAAGAUGUUAUUUCAUGGACUACGAUGAUCAACUGCUAUUCCCAGAACCAGAAGUUCAGAGAAGCACUAGGAGUCUUCAAUGAGAUGACCAAGAAUGAGGUUAUCCCUGAUGAAGUGACCUUGGCAAGUGUGAUUUCAGCAUGUGCCCAUCUCGGAGCCCUCGACUUAGGCAAGGAAAUCCAUCACUAUGUGAUGCAAAAUGGCUUCGACCUUGAUGUCUAUGUUGGAUCUUCUCUGAUCGAUAUGUACGCAAAAUGUGGGUCCUUAGAGAGGUCCCUGUUGGUGUUCUACAAAUUGAGACACAAAAACCUCUUUUGCUGGAACUCCAUCAUCGAGGGGCUCGCAGUCCAUGGAUAUGCAGAAGAAGCUCUAGCAAUGUUUUCCAAGAUGAAGACGGAGAAAAUCAAACCCAAUGGGGUGACUUUCAUCAGCAUCCUAAGUGCUUGUGCUCACUCAGGGCUCGUUGAAGAAGGCCGAAAGUGGUUUGAAAGCAUGACUCGUGAUUAUUCUUGCCCUCUACAACUGGAGCAUUAUGGUUGUAUGGUUGAUCUUUUGAGCAAAGCCGGAUUGCUUGAAGAAGCACUCAGGCUUAUCAGAACCAUGAAGUUGGAACCAAAUGCUGUUAUUUGGGGAGCAUUGCUUGGCGGAUGCAAGCUUCACAGGAACUUUGAGAUUGCACAGAUUGCUGUUGAGGAGUUAAAGGUGUUAGAACCGGGCAAUAGUGGUCAUUAUGCUCUUUUGGUUAGCUUGCACACUCAGGUUAACCGGUGGAGUGAUGCAGCAAACAUUAGGUGGAAGAUGAAGGAACUUGGAGUUGAAAAGUGUUCUCCUGGGUCCAGUUGGAUUGAGGUGGAGAAGAGAGUUCAUCAGUUUGCAGCAUCGGACAAGUGUCACCAUUCCUCGGAUGACAUAAUGUCCGUGUUAGAUCAAUUAGAUGGACAGUUAAAACGAGCUGCAAAUAGACCUCCUGGACUCCGUCUUUAG